AUGGCCUUGAUGCAGCAACUACAAGCUGCUGGUUUCAAAAUCAAUCCCUUGAAGUGCGAGUGGUGUGUCCAAGAAACUGAUUUCUUGGGCCAUUGGUUGACUCCUGAAGGCGUCAAACAGUGGAAGAAAAAGAUUGAUGCCAUCCUCAAGAUGUCAGCACCUACGAAUGUAACAGAAUUGCGUGCAUUUCUUGGUGCUGUUGCCAUUUACCGCCACAUGUGGCCGUGUUGCUCUCAUCUUCUUAAACCCCUUACAGAGCUCACAGGCAAAGGAAUGUUUGAAUGGACUGAUGAAUGUGCAAAAGCUUUCGCUGAGAUGAAAGCUCUUAUGGCUAGCGAUAUAAUGAUGCGCUACCCCAAUCCAAACAAACCCUUUGAAAUCUAUACUGAUGCAUCUGACUACCAACUGGGCGCUGUCAUCAUGCAAGAAGGUAAACCCGUCGCCUACUGGAGUCGUAAGCUCAAUGCUGCGCAACGCAAUUACUCGGUAAUGGAAAAAGAAAUGUUAGCUGUUGUUCAUUGCUUGAAAGAAUUUUGGUCUAUGAUAUAUGGUGCCAAGUUAACUAUUUUUACUGAUCAUAAAAAUCUCACCAUGCGAACGUUGAACACACAACGAGUUCUUUGUUGGCGUAUGUUUGUUGAAGAAUUCGGUUUCAAUUUUGUCUAUUUGCCUGGAAAAGAUAACGCGAUUGCCGACUGCUUCUCUCGGCUUCCGCGAAUGGAGAAGCCGUCUGAUGGGAAGAGUCCAAAUAAGGGUAAAUUGAUUGCGUUUGAUAAAUUACAGGUUUCUGUUGAUCCCUUAGACGAAAUCUACACGUUUGAAGAUAAUGUUCUAAAAAAAGAAAAUGAUUUGAUCACGCCACCAACAGAAGCCAAGUUCAACAGUACCUUUCGAUGUCAGUUCUCCUGUUGCCAAGAUGGAGAUAUUCAUGAACACCUGACCAUUGACAACAUUGAAAUGGAAGAGUCCUUUUUGAAUCAUCCUCCUCUACAAACGAUGCCAAACCCAAUCACAACGCCAAACAUUCAACAACAUCAAACUCAAGAUCAACUGCUCAUGCAACAAGCUCAAUGCGAUGCACAGCACUACUAG